AUGUCAGCACCGGAAAAAUUAGUGAAAAAGGCUGGGCCUAUUCUUUGCGAUGCUGUCAACGAUGAGAAGGUUGGAAAAAUCAGUCGUGCUAUCAUUCGAUACAAACAAGGCAUCGAAUUAAUUGCUCAAGCGAUGCGCAUAAUGCCAUUGGGAAGUGCGGAUCGGGACAAGAUUAUGAAAAACUUUGCGAUUUAUGUCAGAAAGGUGGCAGAUUUGGAGUAUCUAAAUAAAACUGAGACAGAAGUAGAUCAAUAUAAAAUAGCAGCCAAUUCAACAGGGCAUUCAUAUCAAAGGAUUUUCACUCGAUGCUGUGACGCUCAACUUCGGAUGGUUCACAUUCAAGAUGCCUACAUUAUUGCUCAUCAUCAACUCCUAAACUUUGUCAGGUUUUGUGAACUGAUUAUCCCGUUGUCGGUUAAUUUACUAGUUAUCACUCUGAAGACAGGAGAAGACGCCAGGAAGAAUCUCCCAGAUUUCGACGAGUUAGCAAGGAGUUUGGAAAAACGCGGAGUCACUCUACAAGUGGAUUUCAGUAGUACCAUUCACGAUAGGGAAAUAAUAUUUGAUAAUGGUUGGGUUGUGAAGAGUGGUCGUGGUCUCGAUUAUUUCAAGCCUCCAGAAGGAAAAUAUGUUCUUGGAGCUUGUGAUAUGAAUCAGCACAGCAGUGACAAGAUGACCAAAAAGCAAGCUCAACCAGAAAACAAAGAACUGUCUGAUUACAAGCAACGAUUGUUUGCUGAUGCCGAAAAAAUAGUUAAGGAAGAGUUUCCAAGAAAAGUCAUUGAGUUCGAUGCGCUUCUCAGAAGUCCAAAGCUUUCUUACGACCGCCUCGCUGAGAUUCUUCCCGAUAAAUCAUUGAACAUUCCAGUUCCAGAUGUUGAGAACGGUAACACCGAUAAUGAUGAGCCAGCUGCAAAGCGCACGAAAGUUGACAAUGAUUCAAAAACGAAAACAGGAGCACCUGUUUUCGCGUUCACAAGCGGGACUGUUCCCUGCAACGAGAAUCUCGCUCAACUAAUGGAUCUCGUACGUCCAAAGCUUCGUGAUGCCGUCGAGCAAUGCAACACCGUGAAAAUGUGGAUUACUCUUCUGAUUCCUCGUAUCGAAGACGGAAAUAAUUUCGGUGUUGGUAUUCAAGAGGAAACAUUGUCGGAGGUUAGGAAUGUUGAAAGCGAAGCCGCGUCCUUCUUGGAUCAAAUGAGCAGAUAUUUCACCACUCGUGGGAAGCUUAUUACUAAAAUCGCCAAAUAUCCUCAUGUCGACGACUACAGAAGAGCUAUUCUUGAUAUGGACGAGAAACAGUUCAUCAAUAUCAGACUCGUCGUUCUCGAAAUGCGGAAUCACUUCUCUACUCUGCAUGACAUGAUCAUGAAGAACUACGAAAAAAUCAAAGUUCCUCGCAACUCGAACACUGAGCAUCUUUAUUAA